UCACAAACAGGAACACAAGAGAGAGAGAGAGAGAGAGAGAGAGAGAGAACAAAUCAGAUGGCAUCCUCCUCUUACUUCCUUCUCCUCGCCGCUCUUGUUGCGUUGGUCUCAUGGCAGGCCACUGGCUCCGAUCCUAGCCCCCUCCAGGACUUUUGUGUCACCGACAUGAAUUCACCAGUUCGUGUCAAUGGCUUUGUUUGCAAGAACCUGAUGGAAGUUAAUGCGGAUGACUUCUUCAAGGCAGCCAACCUCGACAAGCCUAGGGUGACCAACAAGGUUGGAUCCAACGUCACUUUGAUCAACGUCAUGCAGAUUGCUGGACUCAACACCCUCGGCAUCUCAAUUGCGCGCAUCGACUAUGCUCCCUUGGGUCAGAACCCACCACAUACGCACCCUCGCGCCACUGAGAUCCUCACGGUGCUCGAGGGGACACUAUACGUUGGCUUUGUCACAUCCAACCAGCCCGCCCCAAACAGAAACAAGUUCCUCUCCAAGGUGCUCAACAAAGGUGAUGUGUUUGUCUUCCCCGUGGGGCUCAUUCACUUCCAAUUUAACCCCAACCCCCACAAGCCCGCCGUUGCAAUUGCCGCGCUUAGCAGCCAGAACCCAGGGGCUAUCACAAUUGCCAAUGCGGUGUUUGGGUCAGACCCACAAAUAUCCGAUGAUAUUCUUGCCAAGGCGUUUCAGGUGGAAAAGAAUACAAUUGACUGGCUCCAG